AAGUCCAAAACUUGGAGGUACUCGCCGCCCCGUGGUUGGCACCGUCGUCUCCAUGCCGUUGGACCAGCCAGCGUCCGCCCGGCGCGCCCCCACCUUCCACGCGCAUCCUGAGGCCGACGCGAGGCAGCUCCUCGGCGCGCUCCUGCCGCGGCGCGCGGCCACCGCCCGCCACGUCCAGCAGGCGCACGCCCGCCUCGCCGUCCUCGGCCUCGCCACCGCGCGCGUCCUCCCGCACCUCCUCGCGGCCCUCCCCCGCCUCCCGCCGCUCCACGACGGCGCCUCCUCCUCCUCCUACCCGCUCUCCCUGUUCCGCCGCUCCAACUCCUCCUCCGCCUUCGCGUCCAACCACCUCCUCCGCGUGCUCCCCCACCCGCUCCCGCUCCGUCUCUUCCCCGGCCCCCGGCGCCGCAACCCCCACUCCUUCACCUUCCUUCUCUCCUCCCUCUCCACCCACCUCGACGCCGACCGCGCCGGCGGCCCGGCCUCCUCCUCCUCUCUGGGCUCCCACGUGCACGCGCUGGCCGUGAAGGCGGGCGCCGCGGCGGAUCUCUACGUGCGGAACGCGCUGACGCACUUCUACGGCGUCUGCGGCGACGUGGGAGCGAUGCGGAGGGUGUUCGACGAGCUGCCGCGCGUGCGGGACGUCGUGACCUGGAACGCGGUCCUCGCUGGGUACGUCCGAGCGGGCAUGGCGAGGGUUGCACGAGAGAUGUUUGAUGAAAUGCCGGUGAGAGACGAGGUUUCCUGGAGCACCGUGGUGGGCGGGUAUGUGAAGGAAGGGGAGCUGGACGUGGCACUGGCGGUGUUUAGGGAUAUGGUGGAGAAGGGCGUGAGGGUGAAUGAGGCUGCGGUGGUGACAGCAUUGUCGGCGGCCGCACAGCUGGGUUUGCUUGAGCAUGGCAGGUUUGUGCACCAGGUUGUCCAUCAAGAAGGGAUGCCGAUCAGUGUCAAUGUAGGGGCUGCCAUGGUGGAUAUGUAUGCCAAGUGCGGCUGUGUGGCAGUGGCGAGGGAAGUUUUUGAUGGGAUGCCGAGGAGGGAUGUUUUUGCAUGGAACGCCAUGAUCUGUGGACUUGCUGCUCAUGGGUUGGGACAGGAUGCAGUGGAACUCUUUGAACUGUUUCUCGGCGAGGGUUUGAGUCCAACGAACAUUACGUUUGUUGGUGUGCUAAAUGCCUGCAGCCGCUUUGGCCUUGUUGCUGAGGGGCGGCAGUAUUUUGAAUUGAUGGCUGAAAAAUAUAGUGUUGAGCCAGAAAUGGAGCAUUACGGCUGCAUGGUUGAUCUUCUAGGUCGGGCUGGUCUUGUUCAAGAAGCCAUUGAAUUGAUUGAAGGGAUGCCUAUUGCACCUGAUCCAGUUCUCUGGGGCACUGUACUCUCGGCUUGCAAGAAACAUGGCCUGGUGGACUUGGGGGUCAAGGUUGGUAGCAAGCUAAUUGAACUGGAACCAGCUCAUGAUGGCCACUAUGUCCUCCUUGCAAGUAUAUAUGCGAAGGCAAAGAAAUGGGAUGAAGUCAGGGAAGUCAGGAAACUGAUGUCUAGUCGGGGUACCAGCAAGUCAGCUGGCUGGAGCUUGAUGGAAGCACAAGGAAACGUGCAUAAGUUUCUAGUAGGAGACAUGGAUCACAAGGAUUCCAUUCGGAUAUAUAACAUGCUCGACAUGAUUAACAGAAGGUUGGCAGAUGCAGGGUACGUACCAGACGUGUCAUCUGUAUUGCAUGACAUUGGAGAUGAAGAGAAGGUGCAUGCAGUCAAGGUGCACAGCGAGCGUCUGGCAAUUGCUUAUGGGUUCAUAGUUACGGAAGUUGGCAACCCAAUCCGUAUUGUUAAGAACCUUCAGGUGUGUGGGGAUUGUCAUGAAUUCAGUAAGAUGGUGACAAAGGUUUUCAAUAGGGAGAUUAUUGUGAGAGAUGGCAGUAGAUUCCAUCAUAUGAAAGAAGGGAAAUGUUCUUGCCUUGACUAUUGGUAGUUAAUCAGCUUAUAGUUUUUUAUUGUUGUUGAAUUCAGUCAUUUUGCUGGAGUCAAAGAGUUGGUGGCUGACAUCAAUGUUCUAGUUUGCAGCAUAUCCCAAUUCAUUUGACAUCGGCAGCCUCCUGCUGCUUAAGUUUUCAGCUGUUUUUUUUAACCCAAUACUGUAGGGGAGGCUCCGACAGUAAAUUCUAUACAGGAGUUUGAGCAGUUGAGUCAAGCCAGACGCAAAUGGGAUCAGCAAUAUCAGACUUCAUUCUAAAGUAGAUGAGGUAAAAUUCCCGCUUAGAAAUAAAAGACCAAGAUCCUAAGCUAGAGGAGAUGUUGUUGAAGGUUUUCACAUUCCUUUGUUUCUAAAUGGACUAGGGAACAAUGAUGUAAGCUUCCAGGAAGAAGGGAUUGUGGAAGUUUAAUUUGGCAGAGGCAAUCAUGCUGUAGAAAUUCCGAGAUGAAUUCUGGGGCAAACCGAUAUGAUCCAGCAUUCCAUGCUAUGACAGUGCCAGAAGAGAUGAUCACUGGUCUCAAGAGAUUCAGUAGAGCAUAGAACACAGUUGUACCCGUCUUCAAUGUGCAUAUUUCUCCGUUGAAGCAUGUCUCUGGUGUUGAGCAUGUCCAUGAGAAGCAGCCAGUCAAAAACUUGAGCAGAGAGGGGCACUCGUAAACCUCGGAGAAAGAAGAGUCCACCACCCCAGGGGUAGAACCAUUCAUCACCAGCAUUAGUUUGAGGUGUGCAUCCUGGAGGAUGGAGCUGAGGAGCUGCAGCUUGUCAAUAACUUGAGCAGAGAGGGGCAGGUGGAAAGAUAUGAGAUGUCGGGGUGAGCCAGGGCCUGGGGCUCAGGGAUCUGGUUAUUGAUGGCAAAGGGGUCAAGCCUGGGGAAGCGAAGGUGAAGCUUUGUACCGGGGCCAAGCCAGCGAUCACUCCAAAAACCCAAUGGUGCUGCCCCUUCCAGCAGAGCAAGAGGGCACAUGGAGGAAUUUGCUGUGAAGAUUGAGCAGUCUCGCUAGCAGAAGGAGCCUGUGGGGGACAAGACACAUGAGGGAUUGAGUCUUCAUAGUAGUUCCAAACCAGCCUGACCUAGGCCAUAUCAUUAUUGUUGUAGAAUUUAUGAAGAUAUUCCAUGAGGAGUGCCUUAUUGAACUGUGAGGUUGGUGAUGCCAAGUCCACCAUCCAUUUUUGGCUUGCAAACUUUCUCUCAAGCAACAAGAGCCUUGAUUCUGUUAGAGAGAUCAGAUUUGCCCCACAAGCAAAUACGCCGGGCUCUGUCAACGUUGUUUCAGAACAAUGAUCUCUUGAUGGAAGAACUCGAAGCUCUGAGCAUUAGCAAUGUAGUCAUGGACAGUUGUCUUCAGCAGGCGGCUUCCGGCCUACUGAUGGAUAUCCCGCACGAUGAUACCUUAACGAUCUCUUAAGCAGCAGGUACUUUCAGCUCAAGGAUUGGACAUGGAAGUACAGUUUUACUAAUGAUGUUAGGAAUGUUUUACACAUGCGAAAUUCAUCGAGUGGGUGAUAGAUCUCCUCGAUAAUCCACACAAGGAUAGAUCAGGAAGUCUCGAGAAAGCUAGAGCAACAAAGGGUGGGUAUCAAAUUUGUAGUAGGCUAAUGAUGAUGCACACAAACAAAGAAAAAAUCUAGGCAGACAGUGCUGGCAAUCCUCAAAGUACCGGAAGCCAAAGAUGCUAAUAUAAAAGUACAUUGAAGUCUUAAAAUGCCUGAAGGAGGAUAUUUCUUCUGUGUCAGAACAGUAUAGUUUGGGAAAGUGAUCAAGUGCUUCUUCUCACACAUGCCCUUGCUGUUUAAGAUGGCGAGGCAGUCACAGUGAUCGGGAAAAGCCAAGAUAAUCGACAAAAGUCAAGUGAUCACAUUAUCAUAGCCUGAAGGCCAAGAUAAUUGGCGGUCACAGUGCCAUUUGGUAUGUGAAUUUCUGUCUGAUGUUACUGUUAGUAGUGGAAUACGCUGACAAACAGCAGCUAGUUUUGACCCCCUCCCUUUUUUUCUACGGAAAGCUGUAGAAAGGUUAAUGGCUUACCACACAGGAACUGUAUUUGUUUUGUUCUUCUUAUUAACUGAGGAACUGUAUUACAUGUAAGAUACUGUAGAAGCCAAGACAAGGCAAAUGAUUAGAAUUUUCUUUC